CUACAUUAGGUAGGUAGGUACCUUAAGUACAUUGGUACGUAGAUAUGUUGUCGAGGCAUAGCAAUGAGUAUAGUUAUUUGAAGUUCUCGAGGUUGUCUGUCGAGGUUGUAUAGAAACUCAGCGGCUUAGGAACCAUGUAUUCACACAACGUCCGAACAGCUUUGAUUCCGAUUGCCUUUCUUUGGUUGAUCAUUCUAUAUUGCAAUUGCUAUUCAGCCGUAUUGACAUCACCUAUUCACCUUUCUCGACCCACUGCUCCCGCUUGCCCGAAAUCAAGAUCACAGACCGAUAUUCUCGUAGUUAUCCGAACCGACUCGACCGAGGCCCACAGGAAACUACCAACUCUCUUCAAUACUGUUCUUAAAUGCAUCCCAGACUAUGUGAUUUACUCAGAUGUGGAAGAGGAGAUAGAAGGCCACCAUGUACACGACAUCUUAGAUCAAGUCGACGAUGCGCUAAAGAACACAAUACAGGAAGUUGACCAAUACAACCAACUUCACAUAAGAACGAGAGAAGAAUCAAAGUCAUUGAAAAGCGGACCAGAGAGAGUGGCCGAAGAUCAACACCAGGGACCCAACACGUGGAAAUUCAUUCCAAUGAUCGACCGAGCCGCUAAGCAUAGACCAGAUGCGAAGUGGUUUAUCUUCAUCGAGGCGGAUACAUACAUAUUAUGGCAGAACUUGUUGGACUACUUAUCCAAGUUUGACGCAGAACGACCUUAUUAUCUUGGGAGCCAUAUGCAUAUUGGCGAUGUUCUCUUUGCUCACGGAGGGCCAGCAUUUGCAUUAAGUAACCCUGCGAUAAAGAAGAUAUCCAAGUACUGGAGAGGGCAUCACAAAGAAUGGCAUCGAUAUACUAAGGAGCAAUGGGCAGGGGAGUGGAUAGGGGAUAUGAUCGCAGGAAAAGCACUGAAAGAGGAGGGAAUAGACUUGGUCUGGACGUUUCCAUAUUUGCAAGGAGAUAACCUUGCCACAUUUGAGUGGAACACAUUAAAAUCAGACCAGCGACCACAAUGCUCCGCGCCGUUGACCUUCCACCGUAUGUCCGGUGCGGAAUUUUCCAAAAUGUGGCAAUUUGAACAAGAGAGACUUCGUAGGGAUCACGCCGAGGACCUUCUCCACUAUCGCGACAUCUUCAAGCGUUUGGUAUACCCCGAGAUUCAAGCCAGGCGCAGAAGCUGGGACAAUCUAUCAUUUGGAACAGAAUAUAGCGACGUGUCUUUCAAGAGAUUUUCAGACGGAAAAAGAAUCGGUCUUUCCCCUGAAGAACGAAUAGCUCAAUUCUCCUUUGAGAACUGCCAAAUUGCGUGCGACAGCAUACCGACGUGCAUUCAAUUCUCCUUCUCCCCGGGGAAGUGCAUGGUCUCCGACGAGUUGCGGUUAGGAUACUCCGAAGAUCCCAGACCAGGAGCGGUGGACGACAACGCGGACUCAGGAACUCCGGGUGCCAUCCAAUCCGGCUGGAUUAUGAGAAGGGUUGCCUCUUACAUGCAAGAACUGGACCGAUCGUGCGACGGUGAGAAAGGUAACCACUAG